UCGUUGGCGUGUCGUCGGUUUCAGAGCGUUUCGAAAACCCAAUUUCCGCUCCAAGUCGCAGUUGGAACUGAAAUAUCAAAAACUAUCUAGCGCGCGUGAAAAAAUUCAUUAACUUAUUUGUGUUUUUAGUGUGAGAUAUAACUCGAAAGCUAACCCACAACAUUUGGCUGCACUAGUGUUCUGCACCUCUCUGCAAUCUCAACAAAUAUUUGAAAAAUGUCGAGAACGUUUCCAAAAGACUCUGCAAAAUGAGUUACUUGCGAUCGAUAGAAAUCUCACGCGUCGAAAUGUCGCCGGCUGAUGAUAAUUCCUUUGCCACAACCCAUGGCAACAAAAAGGCCACCUACACGCUGAUAUGCAUCAAAAUUGUGGAACUGUGCCUGCUGAUAUGCUGCCUAGGCCUGAUCGACGAGCCGGCCACCAACUCCCAUCUGCGGGUGUUCGUUACACCCCGAGUAGCUGCCCUUUGCUAUGUGACCUUUGGCGCCCUGACCAUUUACACUGCGAUCUAUCUGAUAAUGUCGCUCUUUGGUGAUCUAACACCCUGGCGAACGGCUACUUUGUGGAACCUGGUUGCAUUCGUCCUGUUUGUGGCCGUGACUGCUCUGCUCUUCCGGGACUGGUCCACCACCAAGGAUCGCAACUACUGGCACCCGAAUAUGCAUCGUUUGGACCUCGUGAUGGCUUCCGCCUCGAUUGCGUUGGUCACCUCGCUGGUCUUCCUGCUGGACAUUCUCAUCACCAUCCGUUUCGGCGUCCACGGAGAUCUGGAAUGACCUGGUCGAUCCCUUGAAGUUUGGCGGGACAGAGGAACCCACUCGAUUCUCGCCCAGCGUGGACUGUAAUAUUUACAGCUCCAACUUAGACUUAAGACCCCGUUCACAUCCCCGUCUCCCAGCUAAUUGUAAUCCCACGAGAAAACAUCUGAAUUGCCAUCAUCGAAUCGAAAAUGUACAAAAACGAAGUCCGAGGAGGUUUAAAGUUCUUUGCGCAUCGGCUGCCCUGUUUUGUUUUUUUUAUAAGCUUAAUACAUCGAGCAUCACGAACGUUUUAUCUAAUCCAAUUAAUAAGUAAGAUCCAACACAAAUAAAUUUUGUACGAGCGAAUAUUUUCACAAAUCAAAAAAA